GUCGUCCUGAUAUUAAUAGGGCACGCAAGAACGGUUAAGCGUUUCAGUUACUCCAGACCAACCACGCGCUAAAACACUGAGUCGGGAUAGCAGCCCAACUUCGGAAUUCAAGCACGAUCACCGCUUCUCUAACUUUCGCAAAGAUGUCGACGCUGCUGAACCCGAUCAAGCUGCUCGACAACAUCGAACAGCACUGGGACCCUCGCACCCGGCACUACGGCAUGGUGCUCAACCCGUGGUUUGUGUUCCCGCUCAUCUUCUUCUAUGUGUACUUUGUCCGCUUCGCCGGUCCCCGAUGGAUGAAAAAGCGCGAUCCUUUUCCCAUCACCAACCUGGUGCGGGUCUACAACGUGGCCAUGGUAGUGAUGAACGCCACUUUCCUUUACCAAGUGCUGCGCAUCACGUACCUGCCCGGAGGUAGCUACAGCCUGUGGUGCCAGGGCGUGACGGGCCGAGCGGACGGCGCGUCGGCGGCCGUCUACCAGUCGGGCUGGUGGUAUCUGCUGGUGCGCUACGCGGACUUCUUGGACACCGUCUUCUUCGUGCUCCGCAAGAAGUUCAACCAGGUGUCGCACCUUCAUGUCAUCCACCACGUGCUGGUGGUGUUCAACGCAUGGUUUUGGGCCAUGUUCGCGCCCGAAGGCCAGCCCGCGCUGGGACUCUGUAUCAACACGUUCGUGCACGUGGUCAUGUACUCUUACUACUUCCUUUCCACGUUUGGGCCUGAAGUGCGCAAGCACCUCUGGUGGAAGCGCUACCUAACCCAGCUGCAGAUCAUCCAGUUCGUCGUGUUCAUCUUCCACAUGUCGAUCCCGCUCUUCGUCGACUGCGGCUUCCCCAACAUGUUGGCGCCAUUUGCCAUCGCGCAGGCGGCGUUCGUCCUGGGCAUGUUCAUCAACUUCUACUACCAGACCUACAUCAAGCCGAGGAAAGCGCAGGCGGCUGCGAAGGACGUCGCAGGAGCCGCUGCCAACGGCAAGGGGGUCACAAAUGGGACGACGCACACGCUAAAGAGAGACUAAAAACUGACCUAGUGAUUCAAGGGACUGUGUGACAAAGUGCCAGCUGUUCGCAGCGAGCAGAGCUCGCAAGUGCUUAUGUCAAACUUGCGUAAAUAUUGAAACGUGUGGCGAGGAUCACCUAACGUACGUAUUUACGAGAAAAACUAGUGUUGUGGAAGUAACACCAUCAGAGUCGCCCUUCUUGCGUGUUGAAACCUGUUAUUGUUAAACUGUGUAACUAAGCAUUGGUAAGGAACCUAAGCCGUCAAGUAGGAGUCAAAGUUCAUACACGAUAUUUAUAUCGUGCAUGAAUGCAUGUAUGAAAUAUAUACAUAUUUGAGGUUUCCUAUUCGUGUGCUAUCGUGAAGAAAAAUUACCUGAGAGAGUAGUUGUGCACAUGCAAGAACUCAGAUCAUUUCUUGUAUCUUUUUCCUGGAAUUUUAACUUUGUGUCCACCAUUUCAAAAACAUGUUGUCUGGGCUCUUUUAGCAAGGACAUCCGUCAGCUUCACUAGAAUAAAUUCGCUCAGGAAUCAACCCAACCAGUCAAAUAAAUGCGAGGAAUAAACAUACCCUCAAUUGCAGCCUACAACAUCAGCAUACCGGCGUAUGAAACGUGCAUGGCAUCAUCCUUCUUUUUGUGUUUGUGUUUGUGUGUGUGUAUGUGUGUGUCUGUACAAGCUAUCAUAAUUAUCAAAGUAAGCGUUCUUAAUAUGACUGUGGUUAAAGCAGGUCAUUAUUUAUGUCAGUCAGUGUUAACUAUUACCGCUGCAAAUAUACAACGUUCUGGAUAAUGAACUGUGAGUCAAGUUUACAAUUCAUUUGUGUCAGCCUUGUGCAAAGCUGAGACAUGGCCCACUGCGUUUUUGUUUUUGACUCUGUACUAGUCAUAUCUGUUGAGAAACAGACGUGUCUGAUGUAACUGUUUGUGUGAAGCGUAGAUGAAUUCCUUGGAACAUGCAUUUAAAUUCGGAAUUAGGAUUAUUCGUCCAUUUCGGUGCUUUUAGAAAUAGCCACCUGACGUAAAUCCUGAAUUUCCUUACUUCUAGCACGAAACAAGUGUAGAGCUUGGUAACCUGAAAUGUGUACGGAGCGACAAAUUUACGGGAUUAAGUGCGUAUGAUCACUGUGUUUCGAACACUGUAGUAGCAUGCGUGAAUUUGUGUGCAAUGUGGAGAAUAAAUGCCAUUCGUUUGUGUUUGCCAUGA